AUGAGGAUAAUAAUAAAGGGUGGUAUUUGGAAAAAUACUGAAGACGAGAUCUUGAAGGCUGCAGUUAGCAAAUAUGGCAAAAACCAGUGGGCCCGUAUAUCUUCGUUAUUAGUUAGAAAAUCACCAAAACAAUGUAAAGCUAGGUGGUAUGAAUGGUUAGACCCCAGUAUUAAAAAAACUGAGUGGUCAAAAGAAGAGGAUGAAAAAUUACUUCACCUUGCUAAAUUGAUGCCGACACAAUGGCGUACAAUUGCGCCUAUCGUUGGAAGGACACCAUCUCAAUGUCUUGAACGAUAUCAAAGAUUAUUAGAUGAAGCUGAAGCUAAGGAAGGAGCAGAUCUGGGUUUAACAGGGCCAGUUGGAGAUGCAGGUCCUAGUGCUGAUGAUGUUCGAAGAUUGAGGCCUGGAGAAAUUGAUCCUGAUCCUGAAACUAAACCUGCAAGGCCAGAUCCUGUUGAUAUGGAUGAGGAUGAAAAGGAAAUGUUAUCAGAGGCUCGAGCUCGUUUGGCCAAUACUCAGGGUAAAAAAGCUAAACGUAAAGCGCGUGAAAAACAAUUAGAAGAAGCUAGACGAUUAGCUUCGCUACAAAAGCGACGAGAGUUAAAAGCUGCCGGAAUUGAUUUAAAAGUUAAAAAGAAGAAAAAAGGGAUGGAUUAUAAUGCUGAUAUACCAUUCGAAAAGAAACCAGCUCCUGGAUUUUAUGAUAUUUCCGAGGAAAAAAAUCGUCAGUUAGAUCAAGGACUCUCUAAUAAACUAGAUGGUAAACGAAGAUCUGAUGCUAAUGAUGAGAAAAAAGGGAAAAAGCAAAAAACUAAUAAGGGCGAAAAUGAGGGUGGUCCGAUUAAUUUUGUACCUGCCAAAAAUUCUCAAUUGAAUAAGCUUAAACAGGCUGAACAAAUUAGUAAGAGAAGAAAACUUGUUCUUCCAGCUCCACAAGUAGGAGAGAAUGAACUUGAAGAGAUUGUAAAAAUUGGGUUUGCUGGGGAAAACACUAAAGCUGUUGUAGGAGAAACUGCUUCACUUGGUGACUAUACACCAUCUACUAGUUUACCAUUAAGAACUCCAAGGACACCUAGUGGGUCUAUGCAAACACCAAGAACUCCUGCUACUAUAUUGUCUCUUAAAACGCCAAGAACGCCAGGUUCAGCCAGUGCUGCAACAAUAAAGCAACUUAGAGCUGGACUAUCUAAUUUGCCAGCACCAAAAAAUGAUUUUGAAAUCGUUUUGCCUGAAAUUGAAAUGCAGGAAGAUAAGGAAGAUGAUAUGAAAGGAAUAGAAGAAGAUGCUAGUGAAAGGGAUAAAAAAAUCAAAGCCCAACUUGAAGAAGAAGAGCAAGCACGACUUUUACGUAGAUCUCAAGCUAUUCAACGCGAUCUUCCCCGUCCUAUUCAAAUCAAUGCAAAAUCAUUUCUAGAAGCUUCUUUAUCUGAAGAUUCUCCUAGUGAACUUUUUGAAAUCGAAAGAUUAAUAAACACAGAAAUGAUACAAUUACUGAACCAUGAUGCAAUCAUGUAUCCCGUUCAUGGAAGUAAAAUUGUUGGUAAAGAUGUAGACGAAUCCUUUGAAGAAUUUUCUGAUGAUUUAAUGGAUAAAGCAAGACAAGCCAUUGAAGAAGAACUUGCUAUUAAUAAUUUUACCAUUCCUGAACCCGAUGAUUCUCAUGAUGAUAUGUGGCAUCUAUUGCAUGAAAAUGCUGAAACUGACAAUUCACAAAAGCAGCUAGAAAUAAACCGUAAUAUUAUGGUUAAAGACACCACUAAAGCAUCCAAAUUAGAAAAGAAGUUAAAUAUUACGUUAGCCGGUUAUCUGACACGAUCACGAACUUUAUCAAAAAAAAUUACGGAAAUAUUUGAAGAAAUUGAUCAAGCAAAAAUUGAAUUGAAUUCCUUUCAAUCGUUAAAUAUAUCCGAGAAAAAUGCAAUACCCAAGCGAAUUGAGGCUAUCCAAAAUGAAGUUGAUUACCUUAGCAAGCGUGAGUCUGAACUUCAACAACGAUAUUCUCAAUUGUCAAUUGAAAAACAAGACUUGCAAGAACGUAUUAAUGGUUUACUUAAAGAAAGUCAAAAUAAUCAAGAAUCAAAAAAUGAAUAG